AUGUUAUACCAAACGAUACUCGAGAUCAGAGAUCACGACAAUCACGAGAUCUGCGCACAGAACACGAAUCAAGACACCGCGAAUAUGUACGAGGUCAAGGAGGCAUGUGCAUCCAUAAACACCAUCAUCACUACUGGGUGCGUCCGGACACCAUCGAUAUUUUCCCAGAAAAGAGGACGGCAAAUCCAAGAGAGUCUGCACCACAAGCGCAGAAUCAAUCGGGUAGUCCGCAACCUGCAACACUUCGGGACAACGCCAAGCAGUUCGGAUAUCUCCCAGACAAAUCGUGGGCCGAGCAAAUUGCCGAAACCGGUGUCUCUGGACGAGAUUCCAGUGGCCAAUACUGUGUUGGAGAACCCUCAGGUGCCUUCGAGGCAAGAGCUGCAGGCACAAAUGUGCAACAAUACAGAGUCGCAAGCAGGAAUGUCGGUAACACAGCACCGAUGCAGCAGUUUGUCAACAUCCACAUACACAGAAGACGGCAAGGUUGUCGAAAUGGAGGAGACGGGACAGGCCAUUCUUCUGGAAGACAGUGCCCAACUGGGCAGCGGAUGUCUUCUGUCGGGAAUGGAUCGCACAGGACACAGCGAACAAGCGAUGAAACUUGGUGCGCAGAUAUCAGACAGUUUUCAAGGGCACCAAGACGCCGAAGACGACACCGCAGAUCUUUCCAGCAAUAAACACUGUCAGGGUCAAGAGGGAGGGUUGUGGGAUGCCAUCAAAGAGUUUUUGUGUACGAUCAUCGAGUACAGCACGUGGCUUUUGAGAUUGUACUUCGAUACUGUAAGGCCUGUGUUCGAUACUAGAUCCUCGUAUUGGAGUUGCACCAACCGAGAGGACCGCGGCUGGAUGAACUUGAUGAGCCUUUGUCUCGCGUUACCACUGAUAUUCGGGUUAUCAAUGAUGUUGGUGUGGGGUAUGGAGUUGACGGUCAUCACAUUGAAGUGCAUGGAUGAGGACCAGGAUUGCAUGGCUGAUGAAGCCCUGGCUAUGUUUCGGCGAAGUUUGACAGGAGUCUACCCCUACGAGUAA